AUGGCAGAUAUCAAACCAUAAAAAUAAAUAGUCUAAGAGUAGCAAUAAAUGCCCUAAUAAUAAAUCCAGUAGGAAUAAUUGGUUUAAAAUAAAUAAGAAAUACUGGAUAACUAUGUGAUAACUACAAGUGAUGGAAUGUUUAUGUAUAGGAGAAUAAUUAAAGCUGAUGAUUCAUGUUUAUUUAAUUGCAUUGGAUUAGCUCUGAAAUGCAGUCUUAAUGAAUCUAGCAAGCUUAGAGAAGUUAUAGCAAAGAUAGUACGAAGUGAUCCCAUUAAUUUCAAUGAAGCUAUUUUAGGGAAAAGUCCUGAGGAGUACGCUUAAUUUAUUAGUGGGUAGAAUAGUUGGGGUGGUGCAAUCGAACUGAUGAUAUUUGCAGAUUAGUUAGAAUGUGAAAUAGUAGCAGUUGAUAUAAUCAACAUUAGAUAUGAUAUUUUUGGUCAGGUAUACAUUAUGAUUUAUGUGUCAAGAACUUCCUCGAAAAUAAGGAGUAAUUUUACCGAUUUAUUUGAAUAAAUUAGUGAGAAUACAGAGAUUAGAGUAUUUAGUCCAAGUGAUGAAUAAACAUUGUAGGAGAGCUUAAAACUUGCAAAGCUUUUGAAUUCUAAGAAAUAAUACACGGACACAAGCAAAUUUAGUUUGCAAUGUGGAAUUUGUUUUUAAGGCCUGACUGGCCAAAAUGAUGCAAUGGAUCACGCAAGCAAGACUGGACAUAUGAAUUUCGUACAAAUGACUUGA